AUGCGAUUCCGUGACCUCUAACCUCCAGCAGGUGUGCCAACAUGGCGUCAGGAAGAAGUUGGGAAACACGGAAAAAUUUCUCCGCGUCUUUUGCCGAGCCUUCUCUCAGAUAACCUCGUCAAAAACGACGUGGCAUAAAAUCUACAUCUUUUCAGUUGCAUCUGCGUUAAAUUCUGACAGGAAGUGGGGCCAAAAUGAGGAGAAAAACGCGGAAACUGUUGACGUAUGUGGUAGGCGUCGGUUUGCUGGUGUUGUUGAUCACACAGCUGGUCCGGUAUCGGCAGGAAAAGGUCGCGGCCUCCCGCCGAAAACACAGAGAAUCGAUGCUCCACCAGGAAGAGAAGAAAUUGUUCCCUAAGCACAAGAAAGGUCUGGAACUGUCAGACGACCUUGACCGAAUAGACUGGCAUGAUCACGUCCUCAUUAAACGGGACCAGGAAAGAAGAGGACCAGGUGAACAGGGCAAACCUGUAGACCUAACAGCUGAGGAGAGAGGACCACAUGCGUACGAGGAGUGUGGCUUCAACAUCAAGGCCAGUAACAAGAUCUCAAUGGACAGGGCCAUACCCGACAUCAGGCACCCCAACUGUGCCACUAAGAAGUACGUACAGGACCUGCCGGACGUUAGUGUGGUGAUUCCGUUCCACAACGAGGGCUGGACAACGCUGCUGCGUACGGUCCACAGCGUGCUAAACCGCUCGCCCGAACAGCUCGUCCAUGAGAUUAUCCUGGUGGACGACUUCAGUGACAGAAGUCAUCUGGGGAAGGAGUUGGAAGACUAUGUGGCAAAGUUGAACCCCAAGGUCAGAGUAGUCCGCACCAAGCAGCGGGAGGGGCUGAUUCGCACACGGUUGCUAGGCGCCCAGGUCGCCAAGGGAGAGGUGCUCAUUUUCCUGGACUCUCACUGCGAGGCCAACGUCAACUGGCUGCCACCCCUGCUAGAACCCAUUGCAUUGAACAAGAAGACCAUCGUGUGUCCGAACAUUGAUGUCAUUGACAAGGAUGACUUCCACUAUGAGACCCAGGCUGGGGACGCCAUGCGGGGUGCGUUUGACUGGGAGAUGUACUACAAGAGGAUUCCCAUCCCUGACGAGAUUAAGAACCCGGACCCGAGCGACCCAUUCGAGUCCCCUGUUAUGGCAGGGGGGCUGUUCGCUGUGGACAGGGAGUAUUUUGAAGAGCUGGGGGGGUACGAUCCUGGACUGGACAUCUGGGGAGGGGAGCAGUACGAACUGUCAUUUAAGGUGUGGCAGUGUGGAGGGCGGAUGGUGGAUGCCCCCUGCUCCAGAGUGGGACAUGUCUACAGGAAGUUUGUACCUUACAAAGUGCCUGCAGGAGUCAACCUGGGAAAGAACUUGAAGAGAGUUGCGGAGGUGUGGAUGGACGAGUACAAGGAACACCUGUACAGACGGCGGCCGCACCUGCGACAGACCAACAUGGGGGACAUCUCUGGACAGCUGCAGCUGCGGGAGAGGUUGAAGUGUAAGCCCUUCAAGUGGUUCAUGAAGGUGGUGGCACCUGACAUCAUCCUGCACUAUCCACCUGUGGAACCAGAACCCGCCGCAUCAGGAGAGAUUCGGAACAAGGCUUCCAACCUGUGUAUUGACAGUAAACAUGGGGGAGCGCAGGCAGAGGUGAGACUGGACCAGUGUGUGAAGGGAGGAGGAAUAAUGAACGGGGAACAGGAUUUCCGGCUAAGCUGGCACAACGACAUCCGUCCCAAGGGGCGCACGUUCUGUUUCGAUGCUCAGAUGAAGGGUGGGACACUCAUCCUGUUUGCCUGCCACCAGAUGUUGGGCAACCAGCACUGGCUGUACUAUGAGGAGAAACAGCAGCUGCUGCACAAGGUGACAGGCAGCUGUCUGGAGGGGAACAGCGACAGCAAGAGCCUGUUCCUGAGCGAGUGUAACCACAAGAACCCCAUGCAGCAGUGGUCCUGGGAGAAAACCAACUCCACCUACCUCCACAUGAUGAACACUGGCAAGUGCAUCAACACACCUGAGUGUUGAACACCUGUAUCAACACCUGAGAGUUAAACACCUGUGUGAGCACCUGGGAGUUAAGCACCUGGGUCAGCACCUGGGAGUUAAGCACCUGGGUAAACACAACUGGGUGUUAAACACCUGGGUCAACACAACUGGGUGUUAAACACCUAGGUCAACACACCUGAGUGUUAAACACCUGUAUCAACACCUGGGAGUUCAACACCUGGGUCAACACACCUGAGUGUUAAACACCUGGGUCUACACACCUGAGUGUUCAACACCUGGGUCAAUGUACCUGAGUGUUUAAGACCUGUAUUAACACCCAAGUGUGUAGCACCUGGGACAAUGUACC